UUGUGUGAGACUGACAUCAUUCUUCUCUCUCACUGGAUGUGUUUUCUUUUAGUUUCUCUCAGAAGAAUGGCAGCGAGAAGUGGCUAUGACUUUCAGCUUGUUAUUCCCGAAAGUGGUAAAAGAGUAAAGAUUAAUUCGCGAUCUACUCUCACUGUGUCAUGUCACUUGUCUCCUGCACUCAGUGCCGCUGACAUGGAGAUUACUUGGUUUAGUGAGAGGUCUUGUAUUUGCACCUAUAAGAACAGAGAGAUGACAGCGGGUGUUGACUAUGAGGGCAGAGCGAGUCUGUUCAUUAAUGACCUGAAGAAAGGGAAUGUGUCCUUAAGAGUGUCAGACUUCAGAGAGUCAGAACUGGGAGUUUACAUGUGCCGAGUCUCCAGUAGAAAUGAAACACAGCAGAUAACAGUAAAUGUGGCCGAAGAAGUCUCUGCCAUUUCUAAGGACCAGCACUUCUUUACAGUGGAUUACAAGGAAGGAAGAAACGAAUUAACACCACAGGUUGUGCCAUCACAUCAAAACCUUCAACACAACAGGCUGCCUGGGGAUAACAGAACUGGCACCAAAAGCAGAAUUUUUAGCCAAGCUUCAUAUAAAAAUGAAUCAAACAAGAGCCAGCAAGAGAAGGAAGACUUGAGAGACGAGAAUUUUCAGCUUUUAGUUCCCAGUACAUCAGAAGAACCAGAGGUUUCUUUGGGGUCUGAUUUGAUCAUUCCGUGUUACUUGUCUCCUGAAAUCAGUGCGGUUGACCUGGAGAUCAGCUGGUCUACUGAUUCAGCUUGUGUUUGCCUGUAUAAGGACAGGCAGGUGACCGAAGGGGUUUUGUUCAAGGACAGAGUGAGUCUGUUCACUCACAAGCUUAGAAAAGGAAAUGUGUCCUUACGACUGAAAAACUUCAGGCCGUCAGAUAUCGGAAAUUACCAUUGUCAGGUCAGCAGUAAAGACAGACGAGAGAAGGUAACAGUUAGAGUGAGGAUAAAUCCUGGUGUCCAAACUGUGAAUCAAUCACCAAUAUACCAAGAUCGAAAUGUUUCAUCAAGUCAAGUAAUGUCAAUGCUACAUGAGAGAAGACCGGCAGCAAAUGAAUUACCAAGGCACACGUCACAGCUCAGUGAUUCAGAUAAAGCGAGUUACGGCAUGAGCGUCCCAAACAUUGAUAAUUUUCAGCUGGCUAUUCCUCAAACAGCUCAAGAAGCAAAGAUUUCUGUGGGGUCUGAAAUCAUUGUUCCUUGUCACUUGUCUCCUGAAGUCUGUGCCAUUGCCAUGCAUAUCAAAUGGUUUAAGGAGACAGACUGCGUUUGCAUCUACAAGAAUGGACAUGUUUUUAAGGGGAGGAGCUACAAAGACAGAGCAAAUCUUGACACUUAUGAAUUGGGGAGAGGAAAUGUGUCCUUGCAUCUCAAAAGUUUCAGUGUCUCAGAUGUUGGUGAUUACUAUUGUCAGGUCAUCUGUAGAGACACAACAAAACAGAUUACAAUAGGAGUGAGGAUAAAAACUGAAGUCCAACCUGUGAGUCAGUCACCAACAUUUCAAGGCCAAACUAUUCAGCUAAUGCUGUUUGAGAUAGACAAAAUAUGGAUCGAAGAGGAGACAAACAAAAUGGAUAAAUCUGCUCUAAUGGCUGAGAUGAACGUGAACACUAAUCAGGAGCUUCAGGAUAUGUUGAUUAAGGCUUACUUCGAAAAAGUCAGACGGCUGGAAAGAGCUGAGCAGGAGUUGAGAGAGACCAAAAUGAACUUAAGACUCAACCCUCAUCCUCAGUGCUUCGACAGAGACAAAUCGAAUCCCUUUUCAUAACUAAAAAAAGUAAUGAAAUUUCAGGUUGAUGCUAAAUGUCUUCUCCUAAACUCAUCAGAGCUACAGUUAAUAUUUCAGAUCUUUUUUCCCCUCAUAUUAAGUAUUCUUUAAAUAAGGCUUAUUAUUAUGAAGAAGAUUACAAUGAAUUUACACUUUACCUAAUAUUUACUUCCACAAACCAAAAUAAAGCAGAUUAAAUUCUCAUUUAUUUAUAAAUAUUCAUAAAUGACUAUGGCCUUAUAAUAGUAGAAUCUCUUUAGUUGCCAGCUGAUUAGCAACAUAUUCCUUUCAAUCAACAAUUCGGCAAUACUGGUCAAACGUCAUGUAACAUAUAAUUCAUAUUUAUGAGUAAAGUCUUUGCCUUGCAAAUAACAGAGUACAGACUCUUGUCAUAAUUUUGAGGUAGUCCUCUCUGUGCCAUACUGACUCCCCACAGAGUUUUCAGUGUGGCUAGGCUAAGGUUUAAGUGUGAGACCAAUAAAGUGAAUUUACAUUUAUGUAUUUAGUAGACUCCUUUUAUCCAAAGCGAUCCAAAGUGCAUCAGAA